AUGCUCCCCAUAGCACAAGUUUCUUACACCAUUUGGCUGUGGAGUUUUAUUCACAUAAUCGGCAGAGUUUCUGCACAACAGCCCGGAUUCAGUAGUCCCUCUUACUUCUUCCGUUUGUUUCAAGAUGCUCCAGUUAACACGUUUGUGGGACAAAUAACUUUAUGUCAAUCGAUGGCGUCAUCUUUACUACCAUCAUCAAACUUAUCAUCUUCUUUUUCAUCCUCUUCAUUCUCAUCUUCUUUCUCUUCAUCUUCACCAUUCUCUUGCAUCAAAUCGCAAUCAUCUUAUUUUCUACUAAACGAAAACCAACUCGAUUUCAGCAUAGACAGAUCAACGGGCGUCAUCACAACCAAAAACACCAAAUCGACUUCCACUCCACUUCACUUCCGUUACAACGUCACAACAGUCGCGACGUCAUCAGGAACUUCUUACGUCACAACAGUCGCCAUCGAAAUUUCCAGGUACAACAAAUUCGCCCCGAGAUUCGCCAGUGGAGAUGUCUACAGGCUUGGCCUCUUUUUCAACAGAAGUAUCAGCGCAAAUUACGCACUCUCGAAGAAUUUUAACGAGCCAAACAGCAACUACAAAAAUACAAAAGAUUUCAACAACUUAAAUAACAACAUUUUUAAUAAGAAUGCUGACAAAAACAGCCACAACAACAGUUCAACUACAAACAAGCUGAAUGAAAACGUGGAUGCGAGUAACAACUACCUCAUCAUAACGGAGUUGUACGCUGCAGAUGACGACUCAAGAGACGGCUUUGACGACGAUCAGUACAAUAACUUCAUCCAAUUUGAAAUUGUCAACAUAACCAUCCUCAACAAGAAUAACAACACCAACAACAACAUUAUCAACAGUUACAACAACAUUCCUCAACAAACCAUCCAACAGGCAAUCAAUCGCCUUAUAUCAAUCCAUCAACAGAACGGUACCAUCUUAACAAACCAGCUUAAUGAACUGCUGUACUACAUUUACCCUAAUUUGACCUUUGCUAUCUGGGUCAGGGCAUUCAAUCCAGACUGUUCACCAGUGCAAGCAACGAACAUCUCUGUGGUUGUCGACGUUGUUGAUAUCAGUGGUUUGUUUUGUUGUAUGAGUUUAUUUAGGAAUAAUUUUAACGGUCGGGCGAAAUCACAUAAUGCUGGUUUCUUGGAAGGAAUUUUUACUGAUUUUUGGAACAUUGCAAUUAACAAAUGA